AUGGCACGUCUGGCCAUCCCUGUUCUCCUCGUUCUUUGCCUUUCUUUGAUUCAUUUCAGCUCCAGUCGCCCAUCUCGCACCAGGAAAGCUGCAUCACCCCGUCAGUCCGGAGAUACAGCUGCAGAAGAAGAUGAUGUUAAGUCCCAGCUGGAGAGGUUGUGGCAGGAGGUGAAUUUACUGAAGGAAAUGCAGGCGUUGCAGACAGUCUGUCUCCGGGGGAUUAAAGCUUACAAGAAGUGUUAUCUCACGGUUGAGGAACCCAAACAUUUCCAUGAUGCAAAUGAAGACUGCAUUGCACAAGGAGGAACGCUUGCAACGCCACGGGACUUGAUGGAAAACAAUGAACUUAAAGAUUAUGCAAAGAGGAGCGCCCCUGGAUCCAAGGACUUCUGGAUCGGUGUGGCAGACAUAGUGAAAGAAGGCCAGUAUGUUGAUGUCAACAGUCUACCAGUCAGCUACUUGAACUGGGACCGCUCCAAGAAGCAGCCCACAGGAACGAAGAGGGAGAGCUGUGUUGCUCUUUCAGUGGCUGCACAAGGAAAGUGGUCUGAUGAGGUGUGUCGCAGCCUCAAAAAUUACAUCUGUGAAUAUGUCAUUCCCUAAAUGAAACAGAGUGGUUGUUGACAACUUGAUGAUCAUUUAUUCGGGUCACUAAAUAAGGAUGUGUUGUCAAGUCUGUGCUUAUUCAUGAUUGAAACAUAACUUGUUUUAUGAAAGUUAACCUACAGUAACUUUAUUCAUUAGAUAAUCAGGUUAAACGUGAAAUCCUCGGGUGAAAACUGAACAGCAUGAGAUGUAAGACGUUCGGGAUAGGGUUGUAUAGAAAUA